CCAGUCGAUACGAAGAAUGUAGUAAAUGCAUCGUCUUCGAUCGACAGGGGCAUUGGUUGCUGGGACCUACAAUCAGGGGCGGAGCAACUCCGUUCACGGCCUCGCCUCCGUAGGUUUCAAUUUUUUUGAUUCCACUUAACUUCGCGAAUCAUCCGCCACUUCUGGCCGCGUCUUUUAUUGGUCUUGCUCCAAGGUUUAAUAACCAUCCUAACUCUUCGACUCUUUGCCUAAACUUUUAAUUUUUUUAUGGUUACAUAUUUUGCUCCACAGCCUCGGGAAAAAGUUAAAAGCUUUCCCGCGCCGCUCGCUGAUAAUAGUGAAGGUAGUUAGUAGUUACAAUGCCGGUGGAGGUUCAUCUGGUGAUAUUUACCUUUGGGAGGAUAUUUGAUGAUGAUAGAAGGCAGCAGGCUAGUCAUCUCUAUGAGCAGUUUUACAGAACAUACUCUGAUGAUAUCGUUAUGGGUUAUGGUGGAGACAAUGCAGUUAUAGUGUCUGCUUCUGAGGAUCGCACAUGUAAGGUAGGGAGCUUGUCCAGGGGAAGAUCAUUAAGAAACAUUGUGUUUCCUUCCAUGAUUGAUGCAAUUGCUCUUGACCCCAUAACAUGUCUUCUAUGCUGGUAGCCAAGUUCAUGCCGAAAGUUCCCGUAGCAACAGUCUUGAGUUGCUCAUCAUUUGUUCACUAUUUGAUCAAAGGUGUUAUUUUGUUAUUUGUUUUUGUCUUUCCCAUCUUUACAAUAUUAAGUAAUUCUGGCAGGGUUAGCCUGCGAUGUUGGUCUUGUAUCAUUUUAUACUUUAGUUUGGUCCUUAAAAUGGUGGCUUCUAAUUCUAUAAUCCAUCACCUAGAUUGAAGGAGGAGUGUACAAAUACUUCUGAUUAUUACGCAUCAAGAAGAAGGGUAGAACAAAAAUUGAA